UUCCCGGAAGUGAGGACGAGGAAGUGUCUCUUCCUCCUUUUUCUGACAGUUUCAGGGUUCACCUCCGAACAAGCAUCACACAUCAAACACACAAAAAUGAACCGACAAACUACUUUGUGACACUGUUGUGUUUGUGUCGCCUCGCGUGACCAAUAGCGCCGAUUUCCGUUUCCUCCGCCCCGGGCAGAGAGUCAGGAAGGCACGUGGAGCAACCAGGAAGUGAUCCAGCUGUUUCCCACUCUGAGCGAUGCGUGUCGGGGAACAUCUGGUCUCCAGCCUGGGAAAAGCCGCCGGCCUCUUGUCCGUCUCUGUGCUCGUCCUCGCGGUGGUUCUCGGGUAUUUCUUCCAAGACCCGGAUCCGGUUCAGUUCUUCAGUAUGGCCGAGGACAUGAAGACCCUGGAGGAGAACUUCCGGCAGCAGAACAGAAGCUGUUUCGUCCUCGGUGCGUCCGGGGAAACGGGCGGUUUGCUGCUUCGAGAGCUGCUGGAGCGAAACGUCUUCUCCAAGAUCACGCUCAUCGGCCGGAGGCAGCUCACCUUCGAGGGCAAAGCCUACGAGAACCUGGUACAAGAGGUGGUGGACUUUGAGAAGCUUGAUGACUAUGCCGCUGCCUUCCAGGGCCAUGAUGUGGGCUACUGCUGUCUGGGAACCACCCGGGCCAAAGCAGGGGCUGACGGAUUCAUCCGUGUUGAUCACGACUAUGUUCUAAAAUCAGCCGAGCUCGCCAAGGCAGGCGGCUGCUCCCAGUUCCACCUGGAGUCGUCCAGAGGGGCAGAUAAAAACAGCAACUUCCUCUACCUCAAAGUCAAGGGCCAAGUGGAAGCAGAUAUUGAGGCGCUGGGUUUUGAGAGAUGUGCCAUUUACAGACCAGGGGUUUUGUUGGUCGACAGGCAGGAGAGUCGGCCGAGCGAGUGGCUGGCCAGGAAGUUCUUCAGUGCCGUCUCUGCCGUGCUCUCUACGCCCAUGUCCAUCCCGAUCCAAGAGGUGGCAAAAGCGAUGGUGUCGAACACUCUGCGUCAACCCGAGCAGAAGACGGAGAUCCUGGAGAACAAAGCCAUCGGCGAACUGGGAAAGAGUGCGGAAAAAUAGGAGAGGAGCAGGGAAACCACACAGAUCAUUGCAGCAGAUGUACGGGGACGACAACUGCUCAGAAAACACCAUCAGGAUUUUCUUUAGUUAUAUUGGAUUUUAAAUUGAUUCAUCUGUGAGUUCUGCCGCUCUCAGAAAAACCAAAAGAUGUUCCUGCGAAUGUACUCGGGUGUUUAUCUAUUUAUCUGCUUCUUUAUGGAGGAAACAACCUGUGAAGGUAGUAAAUUAUUUCAUCGUGACAAACUGUAUAUGGGUUUCUUUUAUCUUUAUUAAUACUGUAAUGUUUUCAUCAGGGAACUGUCGUCAGGCUUUUUGAUGUCCUCCACUCGCGCUGUGGGACGACAGCUUGAAUCACUGCCUUAACAUAAUCAUCAGUAAAAUUACACUAACAUAAGGGAAAUGUUUUCAUAAAAGCUUCAGUAUAUCAAUAUAAACAGUAUGUGAUGUCUUAGAUAUUAUAUGCACCGUAUAUAAACAAUAUCUUUGCAAUACUUCAUUAAAGAUAAUAUUACCACACAAA